AUGUUGGCAAUAUAUACAAGGGAUCUAACAGAGGUUGGGUCUGGGUUUCUCCUUGGGUUGUAUGGAUCUAUGGCGAUUUGGGUUCCUUGGUUUUGCCUUUCCUCUUCCCGGGAUGAUAGAGCCCUUGAUGAUCUUGAGCACUCUUUUGGGCGCAACCUAGUGCUCAUGGAUUCGUAUAGUGAGCAUAGUAUUUCCCUUGAAGUUUGUGCUUAUCAGGUGAUGAAGACUAGCCUAGAGGGUCCUCCCAAGUCUCCCUAA